CGCAUGUCCUCUUUCCAGAGUGCUCAGCUCCGACUUUCGAGCCCCUUUUGAGUUUCAUGGUUUGCUCGCUGCUGCAGACAAGUGCCGCAAGGACGCUGAGCUGCUCUAUUUUGGCGUGCGCUCUCUUGGACAAGGGCACAAGGCCAUCCAAGGCUUCUGAAUGAGUUUCUUAUUCGAAGGCCUACAAGUUCCAGGCCUGGUGCUUCUCCAGGGAACCUCCGAUUGUCUGACGUACACUGUAGAUAUCUGAGAGACGAGCAAUGGAUGCAAUCGGUUUGCCUUUUCAGCCAAGCACCGCCGAUUGCUCGUUUGCAAACCAGAAGUAUGCUUCAAGCUGUCUGAGCGCCGCCUCUCAGAAAAUCAACGUCCCUUCUUGUAAGCUAACCAGAAGGGAAGGCGUGAAGACGGGGUACUGGCAGAGAGCACUAGAGCAGCUUGUGAGGGUAUUGGAGACCACCCCCUUUCUGUUCCUGGAGAAUUCUCAAGGGGCGCCUAAUUGGGUUGUACAAUCUCCUGGGCGUGUGAAGCAAACCAGCGACUCUCCGAAAGAGUCCUCCAGCAAGAAGGAGUUUCAUUCAGACUCCAGCAAUGUUCAAUGCAAGGCUCAAGUAGGCAGCGGCUUCAACAGCUCAGUCCAACAGCCAUCAGAACCUGAGUGUGCUGACAGAAACCAGGAAGACAAUGGUGGGAAUACGCUGGCAGAUGUAGCUCCCUCAAUCUGUAGGGUUUGCCACUGUGAGGUUACAGCCUCAGAGAUGUUGGUCUUGGAUUGCGGUUGCCACAGCAAGGGGCUGGCAAUCAUGCAUAGCGAGUGCGCACUCCUGUGGUUCUCCUAUCAACAGACCAGGACUUGUGAAAUCUGUCAAAAGCCCGUCAAGAACCUUCCCAACGUUCUCGAUCCCUCCUUGAAACCCAAAAAGUCAGCCACAUCAAGGCACCCUCCAAGGCCGCCAGCAGAGCCUCGAGUGCCGCCACGGCAAGACUCUCUAGCAGAGCGAAUGCUGCGGUGCUUUGUAGACCUGUGCAGUCCGGAUGAAGAGCAGUCAAAAGCCAGGCGACGCGCAGGAGCUAGCUCGAUACAUGCUCCUGCAAGGGCACUGCGAGUUUAGAACUAGUAUAGGCAGGUAGGUAGAUUGAGUGGAUUCGAGCAGGUAUGUACCGUGAGUCAUGCAUUUCUUUGCUGACUCCGGUUGAGAACGAUUGCCUGCGGAACAGGUGAAAGCUGAGUCGCAGAAGGGCGGGGUCUGGCUGCUUUACGUGAUUUGGAAGACGGCACUUGAAUCAAAACAAUGGUUUCAUGAGAACAUCCUACAUGCAGAGAUCCUCAGACCGAUUCACUGACAAAAGGUGGUCGGAUGCAAAGAAUUGGGGCUUGCACCACCGUCAGUAGGCCAAGCGGAAUAUGACAUGCAGGAACUUAGUUUGAGCUUGACAAAGGAAUUUGGCGCUCGUGAUAGUUGGCGCCGCUGUUGAUGUGAGAGAAUAGAGUAGUCUCCAGAUACUGACGAAAAAUGAAGCUCGGCAAGCUGAGCAGGGUUCAUGGUUGCCCG